AUGUUCGCCGAUUCGACUUUUUUUUUUUUUUUUUUUGGUGAGGAUAGUGACCAGGAAGAUUACCAAGAUUCCAUCGAUGUUCGUUGGACCCAGGGCCGCUGCAGAUCACGGCAGGUACGGCCGAGGGACGACCCGUUCUACCGGUACGAUGACGUAGAUUUUAUCACGCGAUUCCGACUCUCCAAGAAUGUUACCAUCCGGCUGCUGAGCCGAAUCGAACACGCAGUUUUGGCCGACCUGUGGGAUGUGCACAAGUCAACUGUGCGUCAAGUCGUCAAGCGGGUCACACACGCCAUUGCUGCGCUGGCAAGGGUCUUCAUCUCUUUUCCCACAACCGCGGCGGAACGCAGGAUUGUUUCCGAAGGAUUCUACAGCAUGCAUCGAUUCCCAGGCGUUGUUGGAGCAAUCGACUGCACGCACGUCCCCAUCCAGUUGCCUGGAGGUGAUCAUGCCGGACUGUAUCGGAACCGGACAGGAUAUUUUUCCAUUAAUGUGCAGAGAGUGUCAGACCAUCUACUCUGCAUCCGCAACAUUGUGGUCCGGUGGCCAGGCUCGGUGAACGCAAGCACAAUCUUUGGCAACAGUGCUUUAAAAGCACUGUUUGAGAGUGGACAGAUGAAUGAGAGCAUCUUGCUGGGAGAUGGAGGCUAUGCCUGCUCCUGGUACCUCUUCACACCAGUUGCUGCUCCGAAGACGCCAGCUGAGACAGCCUACAACCGAGCCCACAUACCCACACGCAGUACUGUUGAAAGGCAGUACGGCGUAUGGAAGCGCCGCUUCCCCGCUUUGGAGUUUGGACUCCGCAUCAAGCUGGAGACUGCAUUGUUCAGCAUCAUGGCCAUGGCAGUGGUCCACAAUUCCUGGCGCUACAGCUGGGUGAAGCCGAACCACCCGUAG